GACAAAGGCGUCUUGUAGGGGGGAGUUUUGUGAAGAUCCCCAACGCUCGGUCUGAACAUUAACAUGCAUUGCUUGCCGUACGGAUUUGGACGCUUAAGGACUUAUCUUUCAUAUCAGCAAGAAAAAGAAAAAAAAGGCAGAACAUCUUGAUUCCAUGAAGACAUCCUCCACAUGUGAAGCUCUUCAUUGGCUCACAGUAUUUCGUCCUCUCUGCCCCCACUGUCUUCAAUGAUGUAGGUGUGCUUGAUCGUCUGUGCAGCAGUUCCUUGUUAAGGGCCAUUUCCUAUUGCCUUCUGUGGAUUUCUGCCCAGACCUCAAUGUCUCCCUUCCCUCACACUUUACCACCCUGAGUCUGGAAACGUCACAUCUCCUGAGUAGAACCAGUGAGUCUACCCCAUUCAGUCCCUGGUUGAACAGUCCACCUGAAUCCACUCCCUCCACCCUAAGGCCAUGCUGUUCUCCCUGCAGGAGCUGGUCCAAUGGCUGGGCUUUGCCACGUUCGAGCUCUUCCUCCACCUGGGGGCUCUGCUGGUCUUCAGUGUGCUAGUAGCGCUGCGGGCUGACCUGUUUACCCCUGGCAUGAGCUGGUGGCUGGUCUUCGUCCCUCUGUUUGCCGCUGAUGGCCUCAGCACCUACUUCACGGCUAUUGUAUCCAUCCGGCUGUACCAGGAGAAUGAGAAAAGGCUAGCAGUGCUGAGGCUGCUGUGGGUGCUGAUGGUGCUCGGCCUCAAGCUGGUGUGUGAGGUGCUGCUGUGCCAGAAGUUGGUUGAGCAGGAACAGGCACGCGACCUGUGGUUUGGUCCUAUCGUCUCACCGCUCUUCAUCCUCCUGCAGCUACUGAUGAUCCGCGCCUGCCGUAUCAACUGAUUCCAAGGGCGGUGUGAUGAGGGCAGGAGUCGUUUAUCAGCCGUAGAAGAUCCAGGUUUAUUCAUACUAGGUGACUGUUUUAAUUAACUGAAUAUUGAGAAAUAGUUUUGUACUAAUGGCUGGAGAGAUGAGGGUCACAGGCUUCCCCUCCAUUUUUAACCUUGUCUGAGGACAGUGUGACAGAAUGUGUUUUCCAUGAGCAGUCCUUUGUCAGUAUGGCUCUCCUGGACAUUGCUUCCUGUGGAUACCUUUUUUUGUGUUUGAUCUGUUAUGGACCUCUUGCUCAAGCAUGUAUUGAUGGCCUCAUUUUAUCCUUCAUUGUAAUUUAUUUCCUGAUGUGAUGCGGGAGAGGGACAUUUGAGAAUUGAAGUAAUUGGUCUUUUGAAUUUGGUAAGACUCUGCAGCUUUGUUUGUUUUAGCCCAUUUAUUAUGUUCUUGUUUUUGUUACCCUUGUUGUGUUUCUCUAUACAGUACCAAUCAAAGUACCUUAUCCUCUGCAGCAGAUGUAACUCUGGGUCUUCCUUUCCUUUGGCGGUCUUCAUGAGAGUGCUUGAUGA